CUCCACCAUUUCGCUGCGCUAAGUCUCCUCCCCGCGACCGCUACAUUCUGAGCCGAAAGACACUCUCUCCCCGUCCGUAUUUUAACUUCUUCAUCGAGGUCGACUGCUACCUCGUUGGGUACCGGGAGGCAGUUUGGACCGCCGGCAUUACGGAUUGAGUGCGAUUUUACACGGAUGACGACUCCUUCAGCGAGAAUUUAGUAAAAGAAAACUGCUCGGAAAAUUCAGGCUUGGGGCCAAUAUCCCGGACGAAUAAAGUUCCCUGUCUCUGUGUUUGCUUCCCAAGAACAUGUGGAGGGGACCCUAAUUUCAUCAUCCUGGAAGUAGAAAGCACUGAGGAUCCGAGUCUCAUUCCACAGACAGGUUCGACGUGUGGCCGCAGCAGCAGCGAGCAAGGAGGCUGUGGGGAGGCGGCAGUGCGGCAGCGAGCCUCUCCGGCUGUGGAUGUGCUGGGUGGCAAGUCCCAGGCCGCACACAAUGUGUCUGGGGAGUCACCUGGGCAUGUCUCGCAGCCGGCCGCCGCUGCCCCCCGCCCGCUUCCUCCUUUGCCAGAGAGCGUCCAAUCGCCAUUCCCGGUCAUGGAGACCGCUUCUCCGCUCACCGUUGCCGGUGCUGCUAACGUCUGCAUCUCACGUGGCGAGCCCGUCGCCCAAGUCGAUGGCAUCAACUCGUCCAACACUGAGGACUUCAAACCAUGUGCCCCCCUUGCCUCACAUCCGCAAAUCACCAGCGGGUUUCGAGGGUUGCAAACUGGCUUGCAUACUGUUACUAAAGAGACAAACAUCUCCAAUAACAAGUCGCUUCCUCUUCAGUCUCCCCAAGCCAACGCUGGACUUGUCACUGGUCAGCAGGAAAAUUUGGAGUGUAACUCGGAGACUAAAACAAACUUGGAAUUUGACGGAAAACACGCGAGUGGAACUGUUGCCGCACAAGCUCAGGUCUGCAUCACGGCCUCAUCCCUCUCAAGCACCAUGGAGAACAGACCUACUGAACAGUCAGAUCAAGCGAAAGCAUGUCAGGAAUCGACGUCGCCUUCGCCUGUUGCUUCGAACUCUGGUGAGCAAGUUAACCUGCCACGGGUCCUCAAAGAGGUCCAGCAGGAUGUUGUCCACGUUAAUGAGAUGGAGGAUGCGUCAAACAAUGCAACCCCUCCCUCGGCUGAAACACUUGAGACUCCAAACACAGGAGAACUUGGUUCAGGUUCUUCACAUACGCCAGCGUUGUUCAACAGCACAGCAAACGCUCAGACGGGCUGCGUGACUGAUGAACCGAGUGACUGUUCCCCCAAGUCCUCCGCUGUCCGCUCGGUGCUCGACUCGGGCCUGCUUGUAUCUUUGCAGGCAGAGGCAGAACCGUCUCAAACCUUAACGGAACCGCCCAUGAUUACCGAACUGGUGCAUUCUGCUGACUCGCAGCAAAUCGUGGUGGUCAGCGAGGCGGCACACCUCGGGGGCGGCUGGUCCAACGUGCACCUGAAGCAGAGUUACCUCCUGCAACGCGCCGACGGCAGCGUGUGCGAAGCAGCCAUUGUCACCGAGCACACGCCGGCUGAGGCCAAGCUGUACCAGGAGAGCGUGCAGGGCGACAUAGGUAUAGACGCGCAAAACGUGGAAGUGUACCAGUUCUGCGGCCUGGUGGAGGAAGUGGCUGAGGAGACGGUGUGCGUCAGUACCAGUGUGCAGAUACCUCACUCUCCGGGAUAUGAGGUCAACCUGUUCAAUGCUUUGUUGGACCCCUCCGAGGACCUGGAAUCCCACCUAGAACCUUCAAUCCACACUAUUACGGACAGUGACACAGUCAUUAUAUCCCAGCAGGAACACGACGGAGACCAAGCACAAGUUUGCUCCACCAACAAUGUCCACGGUAUUUCUGUAGCUGCAGUGGGACAACACCUGCUUCUCGACACCAGCUCCAACCAGGUGUGUUUGCUUGAAGUGGACUCGUUCCCCAUGGAGCAGACUCAGACGCAAGUCUUGACACCUUGUCAGCAGGUGAGCAAGGACAGACAGGAAGUGGAUGGACAUGCUGCUUUUCCCUCGCUCGUAUUGCCGGUAGAUGCUGCUCAAAGUGAGCGGGCGGAAGUUUCCAAUGCCACACUUGAGGCUGGCAUUCCCUCUUCUGCAGGAACGAAAGAACCUCCAUGUGAGGGUUCGUCCCAGCCUGCCGCUGUUUCCACAGGUGCCCAACCGGGCGCUAUUAUUGCUCACCCUGCAGGAAGUAUUAAUCCAAAGCUGUUGCUCAUCCAACCAGGAGCAGCAUCUCUCCUGAAGCAGGCAACUACAUUCUUCAAGAAGGCAGUAGACUCGAAACCGGAAGACAAUCAGGGCACCGCGGUGUCCCCCGAAUCCGUCGUUGUUGGUUCUUCAAUGCCAUCUGAGAGUGGUGGAACACACGUGGCGAAGCCAGUUGCCAAGCGGUUCACAGCGGGUUCACGGUGUAGCCAAUCAGAGGCCCUAAAUGUCAGAACUUCAAGCCCGACGACUUGCGCUUUUAGUGAGGAAAGUGCCGUCACGCCCUCCUCAUCUAGCGCCAAGGACCUGACAGAGCACGACUCCCUCUUUGAGGAGGACGAGGAGGAGGAGGAGGAGGACGACGAAGAGGAUGACGAUGACGAUGAUGAUGAUGAACCUACGGGGGACGCGGAGGCCUUGGAUGCCGCUUCCGGACAAGUCAGCAGUGAAGAAGAUGGCAGCGACGACGACACAGAGAGACCGGACGGAGACAUGACCGCUCCAAAUUCUUCACAUAAGUGGCUAGGCGAUGGGUCCUCACCCUCCACCUCUUCGUCCUCCUUCCUCGAACCUUCACCCGGCAGCGACUGGGUCGGCUCCCGCCGUGACAAGUCGUCGCCUCUGCGAGGACCUCAUGGCAAGUUUGUGUCUCCCACCUCAUUCGGGGGCUACACUUCCUUGUUGUCUCCGCCCGAUCAUUCCACCCCACAGCGGCCCCGUGGAGAGCGGCGCUCCGAUAUGGCUGAGUUGGCCAAACACGAGGCCGACAUAGAGCACCGAAGCCAGGCGCUGAAGCGAGAGGGUUUUUGGUCCACUAAGCGCCUCAACCGCCUGACUGAGCCGCCGCGGCUCAAAGUGCACUGGGACUACCUGUGCGAGGAAAUGCAGUGGCUAUCUGCUGACUUUGCCCAGGAGAGACGCUGGAAGAGGGGCGUGGCCAGGAAGGUGGUGCGAAUGGUGAUGCGACACCACGAGGAAGUGAGGCAAAAAGAGGAAAAGGCCAAGAGAGAUGAGCAGGCAAAAAUCAGGAGGGUCGCGUCCUCUAUCGCCAAGGAAGUUCGUGCUUUUUGGAGCAGCGUGGAGAAGGUGGUGCAGUAUAAGCAGCAGUCUCGACUGGAGGAAAAGAGGAAGAAGGCUUUGGACCUCCAGCUGGACUUCAUCGUCGGACAGACGGAGAAAUACUCGGACCUCCUCAGCAAGUCUCUGGCGCCUGCCAGCCGGCCCGAACCAAUCCCAUCACCUUCCAAGACGUUUGUGCCCACCACCGCGGAUGAAGAUGACCGAGACUUUGAGCCUCCUUGUGAGGAGGAAGACGAUGAGGAGACCAUCGAGGUGGAGGAGCAGCAGGACGGUAACGACGCUGAGAGCCACCGUCGGGAGAUUGAGCUGCUGAAGGAGGAGAGCAUGCUGCCUCUGGACCAACUGCUCAGCACGCUGCAGCAGGCGCAGGACUUGGUCUCUGAUGAAGAAUGCUCCAAUGAAUCGUCCUCAUCGGCAGAACAAGGGGAGGAAGAUGGAGAGUUUGCUGCCAAUGAAGAGGAUGCUGAAGAUGAAGAGGACACCAUAGCUGCCCAGGAGAAGGUGGAAGGAGAUGUGGAUCAUGCAGAAGAACUGGAUGACUUGGCCAAAGAAGGAGACAUGAGCAUGGAGGAGCUCCUGGAGAAGUACAGAGGAGCGUACGCCUCUGAUGUAGAGGAGCCCUCUGCCUCCGGCUCCAAGGUAAGCUCGGAAUGGGAGGCGUCCGGCGAUGAAGAGGAUGACAGUGAAGAUGAGAGUGAUGUAGAAAGCAACACUUCCCCCUCAGACUCUCCAGGGGAAAGUGAAGAGGAGGAGGAGAACAGUGAGAAAGAUGAGAGCGAGGAAGAGGACGACGGUGCAGAUGAAGGGAUGGAGGUCUUGCUCAAGGAGGGAGACCAAAGCCCGUCUUCAUCAGGCUCACGGCCCAAGAAAGAGAUCAGCCACAUUGCAGCCACUGCGGAGAGUUUGCAGCCCAAAGGCUAUACGUUGGCCACCACCAAGGUGAAGACGCCCAUCCCCUUUCUCCUUCAUGGCACGCUACGAGAGUACCAGCACAUUGGACUAGACUGGUUAGUCACCAUGUUUGAGAAGAAGCUCAACGGAAUCCUGGCUGACGAGAUGGGUCUGGGCAAGACCAUCCAGACCAUCGCACUCCUGGCUCACCUCGCUUGCGAAAAAAGUAGUAACUGGGGCCCUCACCUCAUCAUCGUCCCCACCAGUGUCAUGUUAAACUGGGAGAUGGAGCUGAAGCGCUGGUGUCCCGGCUUUAAAAUCCUCACCUAUUUUGGAAGCCAAAAGGAGAGAAAGCUUAAGAGACAGGGUUGGACCAAGCCCAACGCUUUCCACGUUUGCAUCACGUCGUACAAGCUGGUGCUGCAGGAUCACCAGGCUUUCCGACGCAAGUCAUGGCGCUACCUGAUUCUCGACGAGGCGCAGAACAUCAAAAAUUUCAAGUCCCAACGCUGGCAGAGCCUGCUAAACUUCAACAGCCACAGACGCCUGCUGCUGACAGGGACUCCACUGCAGAACAGCCUGAUGGAGCUGUGGUCUCUGAUGCACUUCCUGAUGCCGCACGUCUUCCAGUCGCACCGCGAGUUCAAGGAGUGGUUCUCCAACCCGUUGACUGGCAUGAUCGAGGGCAGCCAGGAGUACAACGACGGCCUGGUUAAAAGGCUCCACAAGGUUCUCAGGCCCUUCCUGCUCAGGAGGAUCAAGGCCGAUGUGGAGAAGCAGAUGCCAAAAAAGUAUGAGCACGUAGUGCGCUGUCGCCUCUCCAAGAGGCAGCGUUUUCUCUACGAUGACUUCAUGGCACAGGCCUCGACCAAGGAGACCCUUGCUAGCGGGCACUUCAUGUCCGUCAUCAACAUUCUAAUGCAGCUUCGGAAAGUGUGCAACCACCCCAACCUGUUCGACCCUCGACCCAUCCAGUCGCCUUUCAUCACCAAGCCUAUAGUUUUCUGUACCGCCUCCCUGGUGCUGGACGCCCUGGAGGUGUCUCCUCUGAAGCGCUGUGACCUUUCUAUGUUCAACCUCAUUGGUUUGGAGGGCCGCGUGACUCGUUAUCAGGCGGAUGUCUUCAUACCAAACCACAAAGUCAGUCGCCAGCUCAUUCAGGAGAUCAUUGAGUCUCCCGAACCCCUGCCUAGACCCCGAACGAUCCGCAUGAAGGUCAACAGGACGCUCCUCCCGCCUCCCAAAGGCGACAGCAGCUCUGUGGCGCCAAUGAACAAACCCACGUGCUCGGUGCCGCCUGCAGCUCAGACCUCCAAACCUCCGAGCCCAGAGGCCACAGCGGCGCCUGCAUCUUUGCCUACACCUACACCUGCACCCAUGCCUGCACCCCUGCCUGUGCCCCCACCUGCGCCCCCACCUGCUCCUGCUGUUCAACAAGUGAUAUGUUCGGUGACUGCCACGCCCCCUCCCCGCACCCCUCUGCCUCCUGGUGCUCAAACGGCUGUGAGAUCCAGCAUUCCCAAGCAGGUGCUGACGGUGCGCCCUCCCCCUGCUCCGUGCACCACUGGCAUUCCCGGACUCCCGAGUCCCAACCCCGGCAGCAUCAUGCCGCAAAGGGUUCUCCUCAGUCCAGACAUGCAAGCCAGGCUGCCUUCUGGUGAGGUGGUGAGCAUAGCGCAGCUCGCCUCCUUGGCGGGACGUCCGGUGUCGUCGUGUCAGGGCAGUAAACCGGUCACCUUCCAGCUGCAGGGCAACAAACUGACCCUCUCAGGAGCGCCCAUACACCAGGCACCUCCCCCACGUCCCAUACAAGGCAAUGUGAUGCACCUUUUGUCCAGUGGGGGGCACCAUCAUCUCAUCAGCCAGGCCGCCCAGGUGACCGUCCAGAGCCCUGCACCCACUGCCCACCGACUUACCCCCAGUGCUUCUUCUCAAGUGCCACCUUCCUGCGUGGUGAGCAGCCCCGGGGUAGUGAAGAUCGUCGUACGUCAAGCAGCAGGCAAGGAGGGGGGCCCCGUGCCCACCCUGGCCGUGGCCCCGUCCCCUCGUGUGGCUUCCUCUCACCCCCACCCAAACGCAACCCCUGUCCGAAACACGGCCACGCAGCAGGUGGCCCAACGUACCCCUGGUCCUGCCACCGCCCACUACACUCUAGCCCCCCCUAGAAUUCCCAGCACCACCCCCAACCAAGCCCAGCCCCCGGUCCCCAUUCUCAAAAUAGUGCAGCCUCCUCCACCUUGCACAGAGCAGCCAGCUCCAGCAGAGGCAACGACAUCAUGUGCUGCAUCCAAGCCGGCAGCCCCUGAUGGCACCAGCACCGACACCAGUACCACAACCUCCACUACCACCGCAGCGGUCGCCAGCACCAGUCAGACGCCAGCUGUAAUAAAGGCAAAACCCACUGCUGCUCCGAAAGCCCGUCCUCCACCCAGAAGAAGGCCGCGACUGCUUCCUCGCUCUCCUUUUUACAUUCCGUCGCAGGCCGAGGCCGUCAAGAAGCAGCGGGACAGCAAACUGGACUUCAUUUUCAGGGUCAGCGAGUGCCAUUCUGCUGCAAAGCCUGUGUUUGGCAUGGAGGUUCUGGAUUUCCUGACAUUCCUGCCCGGGCCCCAGCCCUCACCUGCCGCCCUUCAGCCUGCCAAGGCCGAGUGGAAGCGUUCGGGCCACGGCAGCUGUUUGAUGUCACAAUGGCGACACCCGCACAACUUGUGGAGUCACAGUCAUUCGGUGGCAAAUGCCAUCCACAGCAUUGAGGAGAGGUUAAUGCUGCUCUCAGACAUUGUGGACCGGUUUACGUUUGCCAUCCCGCCAGUGGAAGCCGCUCGCAUAACAAUGCACUGCUGCCAUCCUCCUCCCUCUCUGAGCCAUAAGGAGGCGGUGUUCUCCUCAGCGCUCUCUGCUCAAGUGGCGCCUCUCACUCGCAGCCUCCAUCGCAUCCAGUGCAACAUGAGGACCCAGUUCCCGGAUCUGCGGCUUAUCCAGUAUGAUUGUGGGAAGCUGCAGACCCUCCACCUGCUGUUACGAAAUCUGAAGACGGGCGGUCACAGAGUGCUGAUAUUUACACAGAUGACGCGUAUGUUGGACAUUUUGGAACAGUUCCUCAACUAUCACGGACACAUCUACCUGCGGCUGGAUGGCAGCACACGGGUGGAGCAGAGACAGGCCUUGAUGGAGCGCUUCAACGCAGAUCGUCGGAUAUUCUGCUUCAUUUUGUCAACUCGUAGCGGAGGCGUGGGAGUAAACUUGACGGGUGCUGACACGGUCGUGUUCUAUGACAGCGACUGGAACCCCACCAUGGACGCUCAAGCCCAGGACCGGUGCCACCGGAUUGGACAGACCAGAGAUGUCCACAUCUACAGGCUAAUCAGCGAACGCACCGUGGAGGAGAAUAUUCUGAAAAAAGCCAACCAGAAGAGAAUGCUCGGAGAUAUGGCCAUCGAAGGAGGAAACUUCACCACUGCCUUCUUCAAAGAGCAAACUAUCAGAGAGCUGUUUGACGUCAACGAUGGUGAGAGGAGGGAGCCGGCUGUGGAGGUGUCAAUGCCUCACGCUGAGGACGAGGAAGCUGGCAACAAGCAGAGCACCACCAUUCUGGAACAGGCGCUCUGUCGUGCAGAAGAUGAGGAGGACAUUGUGGCAGCCUCUCAAGCCAAAGCCGAGCAGGUGGCAGAGCUGGCAGAGUUCAACGAGAACAUUCCACUUGAUGACGCAGCCGAUCAAGAAGAAGUGGAGGAGCUCUCAAAAGCGGAGCAGGAAAUAGCCGCUCUGGUGGAACAGCUCACUCCGAUUGAGCGAUAUGCCAUGAACUUCCUGGAAGCCUCCUUAGAAGAUGUCUGCAAAGAAGAACUGAAACAAGCUGAGGAACAAGUGGAGGCUGCCAGAAAGGGUCUGGACCAGGCCAAGGAGGGGGGCCUAAGGCUGCACGCUUCCUCUGAUGAAGAUGAGGUUUUGUUGGCUCAACCCUCUGUGGAGCCCACUCAGCCUGCCCCCGCACGACGUGGACGCAAGCCCAAGGACAAGGUGAAGGUUGUCACCUCGACAAGGACUAGUGGUCGUCUGCGUGGGGCUUCGCCUGAAACCGAGCCCGAGCCCACAACGCAUAGGGAAGUGCCUACCCGCACUGGUCUUAGAGGACGCAACGCCGCCAAAGACUCUAGUGUCCCAUCUCACAUAGACCCUCCAAAGACAUCAACAAAGCUGCAGGAUCCCCCCAAAUGUUCCAAAGCCUCGUUGUCUCCUGCCAGAGACCAGCAAGCCGUCGUAAUCAAACCUCCGGCCGAUUCAGUGCCUUCCUCGCCCUCAAUCCUGUCCCCUGGAGGGAAGCAGCAAAAUGCGGCUGAAACUGAGAGCAAGAUGCCCAAGAGAGGCAAAGAGGAAAGCAUGAUUUCUGAGUCCUCGCUCGAAUCAGUCUGUCCAGUGCCCCAUGAGGCAAAAGAUGAUGAGGCUAAAGACCAAAGCGCCAUGUCUCCGCCCUCCACCAGCUGUCGCUCGCCUCGCAAGCGCCAGUCCGCUGACGAUGAAGUCCUGAAGGGCCUUGUAGAUGAUUCGCCGUCAGCCAAAGUCCUGCGGAAGCUUCCGGGUCGGCUUGUCACUGUGGUGGAGGAGAAAGAGCCAAGAAAGAAGAGGUGGCGAGGAAGUGGCGCCGGAGCAUCUUCAGAGGAGGCGUCGGUGGAGGAGAACUCAAGUGAGGAACCAAAUAAAGACUCAUUGGUCCCUGACAGCAGCCUGAAAGACCCUUUGACCAAAUCUUGUCAAGACCAAGACUCUACAUCGAGUCCACCUGUGCACCUGCAGCCUGUCAGAGCUUAUCCUCCAUAUUCUCCUCCCCACUUGUCUCCGGACAUGCCCGUGCUGAGGAACCUUCCAGUCCGCCGCAGGCUGGAAACGGAAUCUCGUAUGGCGGCUCAGCUUGGAGAGCAGCUGCAUGCCGGUCGAGGAAGGAACCAGCACAAGAAAAUGGACACUUCACUGAGUAAAGAGACCUUUCCUGCUUCGCCUGAUGCCGGUGGCAAUUCCCUUGAUGUGCCCACAAAAAGAAAGAGGGGCCGGCCCCCUAAAUGUCAGUCCAAGUUGCUUGAGCUCAACAACACAGUGUCUCCUCCUCCCACGCAACCUGUUUCACCAUGUGAGGAUGGAAGCCUUUCCCCGAAGCGCAAACGGGGACGACCCCGGAAAGACUCUGUGAAUACUCCAGACUUUGUUUUUGAUGGACACAAAUCUAAAAAAGUCACCCCUGCUGCGGAUGUAUGCAGUGAAUACAAUCCUGAUCCACUGAAAUCAGAAAGCACGGAUCAGGACUUCCUGUCUGCCAAAGCUGAGGAAACAGACUCAAAGACUGUAGAGUCUGCAUUAUCGAUAACACACACAAAUAAAACGUCCUCUUCUGUUUCAACUUCAGCAGUCGAAGCUGAUGCCACACUAGAACCUCACGUAGCCUCCCCUGAUCCUGUCUCCAUCACUUCCUCGGCGACCCCAAACCAGGUUUCCACUGUCCUGAUCCCUGAAAGUACCACAAGUCUAUCACCACCUGUCAGCUCUGUCUUGUCACCUCCUCCCGUACCAGACUUUUCUAGACCAUCUGAUGCUCCAUCAGAGCCCUCAACAGAACUUGAUUCUGCCAAAACCACCACUGGUGCAACACCAGCUUCUUGCCCUCCUUCACCACCACCACCGACAAUGGUGGAGGCAGACCCAACAUCAAAACCGGACGCCGUCAUGCCAUCAGCCAUGGAGAUCCUGGAGGCAGCCCCUGUCCCUCCUGCUGAACCUCCUGUUGUUACUGAUCCGCCAGCAAACACUACAGAAACCCUCAAGCAUGACUCCGCCAUCUCAGCAAGCCCAGUGCAAGACCCAGAACCAGACAAGAAUGAGCAUUUGUCGGAGCAGUCGAACACCAGCGAAGCCACGUCUUCGCCCACCGUCACGGCUUGUUCACGUGACGCACAGCUUCCUGUGGAGCCAUCAACAACCGAGCAACUUAAAAACACAAUCUCGCCAACAUCUGCUCCACUUUCUCCAGCCCUCACUCCUCCAUUAGCAGUUACGACCACGAUAGGUGCAACACUCACCGACACAGUCACAACGUCAACAUCCGCUGCCCUCUCAGAGGAUUGUACUUCUGUUGCUUCGCCCAACUCUGAACUAGUCACUCCAUCGUCUACCAUAAGUAGCACCACAACUACCCAAGUGCUGACGAGCACGGCCCACACAGAAAUACCAAUCACAUCAAUGACCACAGCACUUGCUCCUCAAACGUCUCCAGUCACCUCUUUACAAGCAGAAACCGUAUGUGCAGUCAUCUCUUCGGCUAAAGAGUCAGCAAAGACCCCUGCUGAUACAGAGUCAAACCCGUCCUUGUCUGAAAAGGAUCUAGACCAGACUACCCAGAUGGAAGCUGAUGGUGUUCAGGCUGAAGAGGACACGCAGCUGGACAUCAAAUGCAGAAAGAUGGAGAUUUCUGCUGAGGCCGAACCCAUCGAGAAAGAAAACCAAGGCACAGACAUGGACAAAAGUGCCCCUGUCACGGAAAGGGAAGUCAAGGAACCCGGCGAGGAGCUCAAGGCUCUCAUUCAGAAAAGAUCUCUCAGUCGGCAGAGCAGCCAGGAGUCGGCUUGCUCGUCGUCACCCUCAUCCGGCUGCUCCACGUCCACCCUCACUCGUCACGCUCACCACAAGAGGACAUACGAGAACCGACACCCUCCCAAGAAACGGCGAGUGGACGUCACCUCAGAUGGGGCAACAGAAGACCAACUGGAAGAGGACGAAAGCCAGAGGGACCCCGAUGCGACAUCACCUCACAGGAGAUCGGGUUCAUCGUCCUCCUGCGACUCAGACAACGAUGAGCGGGGGAAGGAAUGCCGCUUAACUCACCAGCGGCAAGACCGGGACCAGAACCAAGACAAAGUCAAAGAGCAGAGCAGCAAGCGCCGGGGGAGGAAGCCAACACUCAGCUCCGACAGCAAUGCCAACACAUCCACUGGUGGCGACUCUGGCAGCGACUCGUCGUCUGUUAGGAUCACAAGGAGAUUAGCAGGGUCUUCUCGAGACAAGAAGGCUCCUGCUAACCGUGCGGCCCCACAGCCCCCCGAACCCGAAGUCUUGGGGAAGCGGUGCUCGGCACUCAACGCAGCUGCCAAACUUCUCGCCAUGAAAGGAAGGGUGGAUACCCCUGGUCACACCCCCCGCAAGGACCCUGCUGCUAAAGCCGGUGGAAACACUGCUGCUGCGUCUUUGUCUCCUGACCAAAAAAAACAAAAAUCCAAAAGUAAAACUGUCCCAGCUUCUAUUCAGAACAGUUCUGUUACCCAAAGUAAAAACGACAGCAAAUCCUUGACACACAAUCAGGCCAGUCGCCCCAUACCUCGCUCCACCAGGCAGUGCCCGGGGUCCCUUGUGCCCCCCCUGGAUGGGCCUAAAUACAAAAGGCUUAAAGGGGACGAAAAGGAUGUUAUGAGUAAAAAGGUGGCAAGAGUGAAGGAGCAUGACAGGGAGGUCACGCAGGGCCGCAGCGCCUGCAGCAGUGAUGGCGAAGUGGAUGGCGAGAGGCCGGACAACAGCAGCGGUGGGGCAGACGGCGGGGGGCCACAAAGUUGCCGAAGUCGUAGCAGCAGCGACAGCAGCCGGCGGGCCCCCAGUGUCAGCUCCCAGAACACGGACAGCAAAGGGGCCAGCUCUUGUGCCACCUCCUCGGGUAGCGACCGAGACCGCAGCGCCGAACGGGGCGGUAAGGACCGGCAGGGCCCACGAAAGGGUGGCCGUAAGACUCAGAAGCUGAUGCAGGAGGCGGCGGGCACCGCGGGGACGGAGGGCACGCCAGACCGUAUCCUGAGGAGCGUGGCGGCGGCGGCUGCUGUUCAGGCCCGGUCCCCGGCGGCCAGCACGCGGUCCUCCGCCCACCAACAACGCCACAACAAGACAUGAGCGCCAGUGCCCUGGAGUGUGAGGUGUCGUCACGGAGCGCGUCCGGGCCUUCGGGGUUACCGCACAAGCCCAGGGACAUGCCGGUGUCUUGGGCACCCCUCGUCCUCCUUUAGGUACGAAGCUGGCCGGGGGGCGGCGCAGGGGGGCCGGACUGGGUGGAAGAGAUCCACGUUACAGCAGGCUGGGCGGCGGAAUGGAGGUAAAGCGUGGUCGUGGUGUACUGUCAUCAUUUCAGGACUGAAGAGAAAUAUCGCAGAGAUGGCUGCCAGCUGGAGCUUCUUUGCGUUCUCUUGGUUCUUCUUAUUUGCACAUCCUCACUUCUUUUUCUUUCUUCCAUCAUUGGUUCAUCUCAUCACACCAAAAUUGUGAUGCGGUCCCAGCGACCCCGAGGCAAAGUUACUGUAGUGUUUCUAGUGCGUCAGUGCCUCUUUGGCCUUGUGAAAAGGGUUCGGACCCGAGUUUGCCUUGUGAAGCACUCUGGAGUGUUGAGCUUUUCUCUUUCUUGUGAAGAAAAGCCUCCCUCCCCCCUCAAAAAAAUUAAGAUACAUUUCUGGAAUGAGCAAGGAAUGAGCUCUGUAUUUGUGCUACCAAAUUAUUUUACUUGUCACACCUUUGUUCUGUAAAAUAUAAACAGGGACAGAAUAUGUGAAUGGAGCGGUCCACAGAAAGUGACCAGCAAUGAAUUUCCUUUCAGGUGUGGGAUUGAAGAUGCGAGGCGGGGGGUUUGUUUGGUCGGGUGAUGGUCUUUUUUUUGGGGGGGGUGGGGAAGUUGUCAGUUUAUUUGUUGCAUUCCUUCAAUCCCUUGUAAUAAUUCCACAUUGUUUUACUUGAACAAUAAGACAGUUACUAUUGAAUAAAAAGACCAAAAUUGAAUAUUUUUCCCUUCAUUACCAAAGUUUUUCUUCGACUCA